UAGGGAGGUGGGAGCCGGAGCCGGCUGGCGGAGUCCGGAGGGGCGGGCCUCGAGCUCUGGCGCCCACCUCUCUUCCUCGCAGGCUAGAGACCUGCGUCUCGCGACUUCCGGCAUAACAGCUAGAGGCCGGGUGUUGCUUCAAUCCCUGGCAAGUAGCCUGUGUCCAACUCAGCUAUACUAGUCCUUCAGGAGUGAGGUUGAAACCCUUUGUAGGGUUUCCAUUUGCAACCUCCUUGAGGGUCUCCCACAUCCGAUUGGCCACAAAAACGACGAAGUGUUCUGCCGUCUACCUGUGUUUGGUCGUCUUAACCCGCGGCCUGCUCCACCCGCCCCCGAACCCAACCACGUGCCCACCUCAGGUCUCCCCAACUGCCAAGGUGCCCAGGCACCUCUUAAUUUACAGUUCUUCCACUAGGCCUCUGGCCCCCAACCCCCCAGGUCCUAUUUUGGGCCUUCUCGGCACGUCCCCGACUUUCUCCCCACCACACUCUUUGCCCUCUAUCCUGGGGAUGAGGGCCACCAUUUCCUCCAGGGAUGCUGCAGCUCCUCCUGCCUUACCUUUGUGGCCUCAUCCCCGGCGCUCCUUUCUGGGUGUCCCUCCCACCAGUAUGUUUGCACCCGUUUGUUUCCCGGCCCCUGCCUCUUCGGGACUCUUCCUCAAGCCCAGUCUCCAUCUCCAGCCUCCUCUUCAAACUUGAGGCGGAAACUGACAAUCUUAGAGACCUUAGAGCGGCCAAGUUCAUGUUGGGCCGUUAAGCACCGCCCAGCCAGUCCUCCCCCGUCACAGGGGGCGCUGUCCGUUUUCCUCUAACCUACACAAAGAUGACCCCGCUCUCGAAUCUGAGGUGACUGGAAGGAGCAGGUCCAGGUUCCGGGGACUGGGGCGGGGUGCGUCCCAAAGGCUGGUCCUGGCCGGAGCGGGGCCGAGGCGAAAUAUUGUUAGAGACAGCGCCGCGCACCAACCACUUAGAGCAGCGCAGGUUCUCUCGUUAGUGCCCCUUGCGUAAGGGGGCCCGUGAUCUCAGCGGUCCUGCCCUCAGCUUCCCUCUUCUGCCGCCCCGCCCCCGACCAGGUGUUCGAAUCCCGACUCCGGAACUGGCGGCGUCCCAGUCCCGCCGGAGGACCCGCCUUCGGGCUCAUGGCUGCGCCAGUCCGCCUGGGUCGGAAGCGCCCGCUGCCUGCCUGUCCCAACCCGCUCUUCGUUCGCUGGCUGACCGAGUGGCGGGACGAGGCGACCCGCAGCGGACGCCGCACGCGCUUCGUGUUUCAGAAGGCGCUGCGCUCCCUCCGGCGGUACCCACUGCCGCUGCGCAGCGGGAAGGAAGCUAAGAUUCUGCAGCACUUUGGUGACGGGCUCUGCCGGAUGUUGGACGAGCGGCUGCAGCGGCACGGAACAUCCGGCGGUGACCAUACCCCAGCCUCACCAUCUGGACAGAACAGUCCAGCACCGCAGGGGCGACCUGCAGAAGUCCAGGACUCUUCCAUGCCAGUUCCUGCCCAGCCCAAAGUGGGAGGCUCUGGUAGCUACUGGCCAGCUCGGCACUCAGGAGCCCGAGUAAUACUACUGCUGCUCUACCAGGAGCACCUGAAUCCUAAGGGCCACCAGUUCUUAACCAAGGAGGAACUGCUGCAGAGGUGUGCUCAGAAGGCCCCCAGGGUAGUCCCUGGGAGUGCUCGACCCUGGCCAGCCCUCCGCUCCCUUCUCCACAGGAACCUGGUCCUCAGGACACACCAGCCAGCCAGGUACUCACUGACCCCAGAGGGCCUGGACCUGGCCCAGAAGUUGGCUGAAUCAGAAGGCCUGAGCUUGCUGAAUGUGGGCAUCAGGCCCGAGGAGCCCCCUGGGGAGGAGACAGCAGUGCCAGGAGCAGCUUCAGCAGAGCUUGCCAGUGAAGCAGGGGUCCAGCAGCCACCACUGGAGCUGAGGCCUGGAGAGUACAGAGUACUAUUGUGUGUGGACAUCAGCGAGACCCGGGGGGCGGGGCACAGGCCGGAGCUACUCCGAGAACUACAGCGGCUGCAUGUGACCCACACAGUGCGCAAGCUGCAUGUUGGGGAUUUUGUGUGGGUAGCACAGGAGACCAAUCCUAGAGAUCCAGCAAGCCCUGGGGAGUUGGUGCUGGACCACAUCGUGGAGCGCAAGCGGCUGGAUGACCUGUGCAGCAGCAUCAUUGACGGCCGCUUCCGGGAGCAGAAGUUCCGGCUAAAGCGCUGCGGCCUGGAGCGCCGGGUAUACCUGGUGGAAGAGCAUGGAUCAGUCCACAACCUCAGCCUUCCUGAGAGCACGCUGCUGCAGGCUGUCACCAACACUCAGGUCAUUGAUGGCUUUUUUGUGAAGCGCACAGCAGACAUUAAGGAGUCAGCCGCCUACCUGGCCCUCUUGACACGGGGCUUGCAGAGACUCUACCAGGGCCCGGCCCAGAUAACCCCUGAUCCAGCCCUUCCCCAAACCCAGGCCCAGUCGGUGCGAGAAGUGUUUGCCCGGCAGCUGAUGCAGGUGCGCGGAGUGAGUGGGGAGAAGGCAGCAGCCCUGGUAGAUCGAUACAGCACCCCUGCCAGCCUCCUGGCCGCCUAUGAUGCCUGUGCAACCCCCAAGGAACAAGAGACACUACUCAGCACCAUCAAGUGUGGGCGUCUGCAGAGGUGAGGACAAGAGGCACAACCUGGAGGGAGUGGCGGGGGCCGGGGCUGCCCUAGGCCCAGAGCAUGACCCUCACUGCCUCUCUUCCUGCAGGAAUCUGGGGCCUGCUCUGAGCAGGACUUUGUCCCAGCUGUACUGCAGCUACAGCCCCCUGACCUGAGCUUAUGCCACAAAGCAGCCCCCAGCUCCCAUCUGUCCCCCCACCCAGGCUAAUCAGCCUUUCAGCCAGCAUUGUUUGGGGUACAAUUAGAAUCUAAGUAUUUGCAGCCAUAUGUAUUAUAUAGGAGAUGCCCGGCCCUGGGGCCUUGUGAAAUAUGCAGGAACCAGAGAUACCAUCUGGUCCAGCAGUUUUUAAACCAAGCUGCUUAGGACCUGGGAUUCCCUGGUCAGGGAGAUGGAGUCAGUGGGCACUGCAGCUUUGGACUGACUUUAUAUCAUCAGUUGGUCCUUAUCAAAUAAAACUUCCUUAGAAGUGCAGAGGGAAGAUAAAAUAAAUAAAACUUACUGGGAAAAUUAAAAUAAUAAAAAUAAAACUUCCUAAAAGAAAAGCUCAAAAACCA